ACAACAACAAGUACAUCAUUCAUAUCUCCACAAAACAUCAAACAACUUCAACCAUGGGAUCAUCAACAAGUACUACUACUACAACAACAACAACACUCUUCCAACUCCUCUCAAACAUCAUCAAGCUCCUCCCCACUGGCACCACCUUCUUCUUCCAAUUCCUCAACCCUCUCCUCACCAACAAUGGCAAGUGCAACACCACCAACAAAACCUUCACUGCCAUCUUGCUCUCCCUUUCUGCCUUAUUCUGCUUCUUCUCCACCUUCACUGACAGCACCACCACCUCUGAUGGCAAGCUCCAGUAUGGCCUUCUCACCACUAAUGGCCUUUGGACUGGUUCCUCCUCCACAAGCUCUAAGUCCAAGCUCAAGCUCAAAGACUUUAUCCAUGCCUUCCUCUCUUUGAUGGUGUUUGCUGUUUUAGUCCUCUUGGAUACUAACACUAUUUCUUGCUUUUAUCCUUCUCUUCUAUCCAAAGAGAAGGCUUUGCUCAAAGCUUUGCCUCCUGCUCUUGGUGCUCUUUCUUCUCUAGUUUUCAUGUUCUUACCCUCCACUCGCCAUGGUAUUGGCUACUCUUCGUCUUCCUCAACCUCUUCAUCUUCUUCAACUUAAUGCUUUCCCAUUGGAGUAAUUGCCAAUUAUGUAUGGUUGGCUUGCCUUGACAAUAUAUUAAUUCUAUGUAUAUAUAGGGAUCCUAUAUUCAAAUAUUUUAUAUAUAUAUCGGGCAACAUAGUGUAGUAAAGAAUGGUUUGUCCAAUUAAUCAAAUAUAUAUAUAUAUAUAUAUUAUAUAUCAAGCAAUAUUAUGUAUGAAUAUUAUAAACAACCAACAAGUAUUGGUGCAAGUUGUGAGAAUAAAUUAUUCUCACGUAUGUGGCUCAUGUAACGGAAGGCUUAAUAGAAUAUUAAUUAGAUCUACAUAAAGUUAUGGAGUUUUAA